AUGCCCAACACCGUCACCUACUUUGACAUCUCCAUCGGCGACGAGCCCGCCGGCAGGAUCACCUUUGAGCUCUUUGACGAUGUCGUCCCCAAGACGGCGGAGAACUUUAAGCAUCUCUGUAUUGGAGACAAGACCAAUGCUGCUGGUGUCAAGCUCGCCUACGCCGGGUCGGCGUUCCACAGGUGUAUCAAGGGGUUCAUGUUGCAGGGCGGUGACUUUACACGGGGUAACGGUACCGGUGGAGAGUCCAUCUACGGCGAAAAGGCAAGUCCUUUAGCCUAUAUUGCAUUUGAGGACGAAAACUUUGAAUUGAAGCACGAAAAGCCCAUGAUGCUCUCUAUGGCCAACGCUGGUCCUUCCACCAACGGCUCUCAAUUCUUCAUCACCACCGUUCCCACGCCCCACCUCGACGGCAAGCACGUCGUCUUUGGCAAAGUCCUCUCCAACCGCUCCCUCGUUCGCCACAUCGAAUCCAUCCCCACCAACUCUGACAAACCCAUCCAACCCGUCGUCAUCUCCUCCGCCGGCGUCCUCUCCCCCGACGACAUCCAAAAGCUCGAGGCCGAAAACAAGGCCAAGCAGGCCAACUCGGACGGCGAUAUCUGGGAAGAUUUCCCCCAGGAUGAGGAGGGGGUGAAUGUGGACAAGGCGGAUGAGGCGUUGGUGGUGGGGCAAAAGUUGAGGGAGGUGGGUACGAAGGAGUUUAAAGCUGGCAACUUUGCUGUUGCGCUCGACAAGUACCAGAAGGCGUUGAGGUACCUUGAUGUCCACCCUGAAGCGCCUCAAGAGCUUGCGGAUGGGUACAGGUCCACCCGCCUGCCUCUCCUUACCAACGCCGCUCUUGCCGCGCUCAAACUUGCUCCUUCGCCCAAUACCAACAACCUCGUUGUCUCUCUCACAACCCGCGCCCUUGCCAUCCCCGACUUGACCCCCGCGGAGAAGGGCAAGGCGCUCUACCGCCGGGCCCAGGCGCUUGUAGCGAAGAAGGACGAUGAGAGCGCGGAGAAGGACUUGAAGGCGGCUUUGGAGCUCGUGCCAGGGGAUGCUGGUGUGCUCAACUUGUUGAAGACGGUGGAGGUUAGGAGGAAGGAGAGGAAGGAGAAGGAGAGGAAGGCGUUCUCCAAGAUGUUUGGGUAG